AUGAUUCAUGACAAUGGCCUUGGACGUGAGACUGAUGUGGGCGAACAGACCGGCCAAGCGGCAUACAAUCCUUUCACCGGCAAAGGAUAUAACCCAAAGGUCAAGGAUAGCAACUUCACAGGAUUUAUCGAAAAGUUACACCUUCGCGAUGAGUCGGGUCGUGUAAGGGAGGAGACAGUCCCUUCCUUGCCCGAGAUGAUACAGAAUAUCCACGACGCUGGCACCGAUCUCGUUUUGCAGCUAGAUUUCAAGGACAAGGAGGCUGUUGAACCAGCAUACUGGCAGCUCAAGGGGUUGAAAAACGCCGCCGGUGUUCCCGCCAAUGAAUGGUGUAUCUAUAAAUUACAAGCAACUUGGUGGCGCACUCCUGAAGAAUUCGAAGCUCUCCCUUGGGUCCGGGAUGCUUUUCGCAGUGGCAUUCAGCUCGCAUAUAUCCCAGUCUACAAUCCCAUUGACGAGGCAGCAUGGGACACUUUGAACGGUCUCAAAGGAUUUCUUAGGACAAAUUACACCAUUUCCGCUGAGAUAGAACUGUACUCUCCAAAUGGUCCACUACAGCAACUUCUUGAUCAUGUCAAGGGGCUUGAUUAUAGUAAUGAGGCAUUCCGAACAUCAGGAAUAUUUUUCGACACGGCCAACUAUAGCCUUCCAGCAGAUAUUCGAGUCAAGAAUUCCGUCUAUGUGUUCCAGGACAAUAAAGCACCCGCUCUCCUCGACAGCAUUGUUGGGAACAAAUCUGUCGACGGUCAUGAUUAUCGUAGCGAUUUCGCCUGGAUUCUAGAAACAGGGUUUAACUGGGUCAUCACAGAUACCCCCGAUGAGUGGGAUCGGAGGCUGCGAGAACAAGGAAGGAGAAAUGUAAAAAGGCUGUUCGCUGAUGGGCAACAUGCCAUCGAUCAGGCUUUAGAGGCCGGGUGGUAUAGGAGGAGACAUGCCAAAGAUUUCUCAGGAUGA